AUGCCCGCAAAAGAGAAAAAAAAGUCAGAAACCCAAGAGAAGGAUGACGAAGUGGAGGAGAAGGAGUCAAAGGAGAAAGGAAAGAGCGAUAGAGUCGCUAACGGAGACACCACAGACGGAGAGAAGAGGAGAAAGAAACACAAGAGCCAGACAUCAGAGCCAAGAGAGAGAGAGAAAGAAAAAAACAGUGGGAAUGAGGAAAAAAAGGAGAAGAAAAAGAAGACAAAGAAAAAAUCCGCAGAGAGCGAGGGAGUAGAGGAAGACAUGGGCUCCAAAGAUAAAACGAGUAAAGACGGAGGAAAGAAGAAGAAGAAGAAAAAGUCUGAGGAAGAAGAGGAAGAACAAGAAGAGGAGCCAGUCCCAGAAGAACCAGAGGAAGAGGAGAACACGAAAAAAAAGAAAAAGGAAAAGAAGAAAAAAAAGGGAUCCUCAGAUAGCGAUGAGGAAAAAGAGAAAAAGAAGAAAAAGAAGAGUUCUGCCGACAGUGAUGAAGAGAAAGACAAGAAAAAGAAAGGGAAAAAGUCAAAGAUGAAGCAGGUGGAUUAUGCUGAGAUUUACCAGCAGGAGCUGCUCAACUAUCAUACAGACUCAUCAGAUGGAUAUGAAGAUGAAUAUCAUAAAAAGAAAGUGUAUGAGGUAGUAACAGUGACUGGAGAUGUCAGAGGGGCAGGAACUGAUGCUAAUGUAUUCGUCACUUUAUUUGGAGAUUUUGGUGUAACUCCCAAGGUGCACCUGGCCAGCAACACAGAAAAGAGGAGUAGAACAGCAUUUGAGAAAAACAAAACAGACGUGUUCCGAAUUAAAACACACAACGUUGGUCCUUUAAGGAAACUUAGGAUCGAGCAUGACAACACAGGGAUGAGUGCCAGCUGGUUCCUCGACCGUGUGGUUGUGACAGACAUGAACAGGCCACACCUCCGUUUUUACUUCGCCUGCAGCAAUUGGUUGAGCAAGGAAGAGGGGGACGGGCUAUACGUCAGGGACCUACUGGGCAGUCUCAAUCCCAUGGACGUCCCUAAACAGAAUAAAUACAUUGCCAGUGUUUUCACCGCUGAUGUUAAAGGCAGUGGAACUGAUGCUGAUGUCUUCCUGAAUAUUUUUGGAGAAUAUGGAGACACAGGCGAGCGGCGACUGGACAGCGAUAAGGAUAACUUUGAGAGGGGUACUGAAGAUAAAUUCACUAUUGAUGCUCCAAAUCUGGGCAGACUGAGGAAAAUUACCAUAGGGCACAACAACAAAGGCUCCUCUGCAGGAUGGUGUGUGGAUAAGGUGGUGAUAGAUGAUAUGGGAAACAAAGAGGUGUAUGAAUUUCCUGUGAACCGUUGGUUUGCCAUGGAUGAAGAUGAUGGCAAAAUACAGAGAGAUGUGCUGGUUGGGGCCACACAGCCCAUGGGGAUCAUAUAUAAUGUGCAGGUUAUGACGGGUGACGUACGCGGAGCAGGGACCAACUCUAAGAUCCAUCUGAUUAUGCAUGGGCGUAAGGGUCUGAAGAACAGUGGGAAGGUGUUCCUGGAGGGCGGUCAAUUUGAGCGUGGGCUCAUUGAUAUCUUUAAUGUGGAGAUUGUAGAACUCCUCAGCCCACUGAGCCGGGUCACCAUUGGACACGACAACUCAGGAGUCAGUUCAGGCUGGUACUGUGAAAAGGUGAUAGUGUACUGUCCCUUCACUGGUAUAGAGCAGACAUUCCCAUGUGGGAAAUGGUUGGAUGAGGAUGAGGGAGACGGACUGAUAGAAAGAGAGCUGUAUGAGAUGGUCUCUCUACGUCAGAGAAAACAGAAGAAGUACCCAUGGUCUCUGUGGAUUUGGACGUCUGAUGUGAAGGGGGCAGGGACAGAUGCUCAGGUGUUUCUACAGGUGUAUGGAGAGAAAGGGAAGAGUGAUGAAAUAAAACUGGAGAACAACUCUGACAGCUUUGAACAGGCACAGCUUGACAAGUUUAUGAUUGAGAUGCCUGACAUUGGCCGUUUACUGAAGCUGAGAAUCUGGCAUGAGAAGAGACACCCAUUCGCUGGCUGGCACUUAAACAAGGUCACCCUGCUGAAGACCCUAACCAAGGAGAAGUACUCUUUUACCUGCGGCCGCUGGUUGGACAUUAAUGAGGACGACAACGAGAUCAUCAGAGAACUGCCAGCUACAGGACUACCAGUCCCAGAGCCUCUACCCUUGAUUAAGUAUCGGAUCACGAUCUGUACCGGGAACGUUAGUGGGGGUGGUACAGACGCCAGUGUGUUCUUGAAUCUGAUUGGAGAUCUUGGGGACACAGGGGACCGCCUCAUGUUUAUGAGCAAAAACAACGUUAACAAGUUUGAGAAAGGAAACGCAGAUGAAUUUUUGAUUGAAGCAGUGAGCCUGGGGCAGAUUCGGAGGGUGCGAAUUGGUCACGAUGGAAGGGGUGGAGGCUGUGGUUGGUUCCUGGAUAAGGUGGUGGUUAGAGAGGAGGGCCAACCAGAAUCUCAGGCUGUGGAGUUCCCCUGUUACAGGUGGCUAGAUCGUAACGAAGAUGAUGGACAAAUAGUUAGAGAGUUAGUACCCACAGCAGAUGGCCAGCGCUUAUUCAAUGUAAGUUACCACAUUGCGGUGAAGACAGGCAGUAUUAAUGGUGCCAGUUCAGAUUCGAAGGUCUUUGUGAAGCUGUAUGGAGAAAAGGGUGACACCAGUAAGAUGAUGCUGGCUGUCUCCGACAAUGACCUCAGGAACUAUUUUGAAACCGGACGGACAGACAUCUUCACCGUCGAUACCUUCGACAUCGGCAGAAUAAACCGGCUGUUGAUUGGACACAAUAACGAGGGUUUGCGUGCUGGUUGGUUCUUGGACAGCGUGCAGAUUUGGGUUCCAGUGCACGGGCUGCAGUGUAUGUUCCCCAGCCAUCGCUGGCUGUGUAAGGACGAGGCAGACGGACGAGUAGAGGUGGAAAUUUACCCCAGUGAAAUACUGGCCAUAGAAAAAUUGAUUAAUUAUGAGGUCACGGUGGUGACAGGGGACGUCCGUGCAGGAGGCACCAAUGCUAAUGUCUUUCUUCAGAUUUAUGGGGAGGAAGGAAAGACAGAAGUGAUAUCACUAAAAAGCCGAUCUAACAACUUUGAGAGGGGCACCACUGAGAUCUUUAAGAUUGAGGCUUUGGACGUGGGACGGAUCUACAAAAUCCGAAUCGGCCACGACGGCUCCGGAUUGGGUGACGGCUGGUUCCUGGAAUCUGUUGACAUCAAACGACUCAUUACCGCUAUGGUGCAGCCCGAACCCAAGAAGGAAGACAAGAAAGACAAGAAGAAAAAAAAGAAGAAAAAGGAAGAAGAAGAGGAGGAGCUGCCUCCGCCCGAGCUGCAGGAGGUGGUCCAGACGUACAGUUUCCCCUGUCAGCGCUGGCUCGCUCGGGAUGAGGAGGAUGGAGAAAUUGUGGUAGAGCUUCCAGCAGAGGACUAUGAAGACCUGGAGGAGAACUCAUACGAGGUUCACGUGUUUACUGGAAAUAUGUGGGGCGCUGGGACAGAUGCCAAUGUUUAUAUCAACAUCUACGGAGAGAUGGGAGACACGGGAGAGAGAAAACUCCGCAAGUCCAACAACCUUAACAAGUUUGAGCGUGGCAAAGAGGAUGUGUUCUCCGUGACAGCGAUGGAUCUAGGACCGCUAAAGAAGCUACGGAUUCGUCAUGACAACAGCAAUGCCAACGCUGCAUGGUUCCUUGACCGGGUGGAGAUCACUGACGGCAAAGACGACACAACGUAUUUCUUCCCCUGUAAGCGCUGGUUGGCAGUCGAUGAAGAUGACGGUCAGUUGGCACGUGAGCUGGUCCCAGUGGACGAAGCCUUCAUGAGGAAGGAUGAAGAUGAGGAAGAAGAGUCUUCAGCCACACUGGGACUAGAACAGAAAGCUAUGUCAACAACAUUCACACUGAGGAUCAAAACAGGAGAGAAGAAAUAUGCGGGCACUGAUGCCAACGUUUACGCCAUACUGUACGGAACUAAAGAUGACACCGGUAUCGUUAAUCUGAAGGCAUCUAAGACUCAUAAGAAUAAGUUUGAGUUGGGGAUGAUUGACGAGUUUACUGUGGAGGCUGUGGACAUCGGAACACUGAAAAGGAUUCGUAUUGGACAUGACAACUCAGGUGGUUCUCCAGGCUGGUUCCUGGAUUGGGUGGAGAUAGAUGCUCCGUCAUUGGGGCAGCGCUUACGUUUCCCGUGUGGCCGUUGGUUGGACAGAGGAGAGGAUGAUGGAGCCAUAGAGAGAGACCUGUAUCCUGCUGAGCUCCAGACUCAAGUAUACACACCCUUCGUUCCAUACGAGAUUAAAACCUUCACCAGUGAUGUCUUCGGAGCAGGGACAGACGCAGAUGUGUUUAUCGUUCUGUACGGGAGAGAUGGAGUGUGUACAUCACAGAAGUCUCUGUGUGUUAAUAAGAGAGAGCGGAGGAUGUACUUUGAACGAGGAGCAGAGGAUAUGUUUAUUGUGGAGCUUGAGGAUGUUGGUGAUGUGAUCGAGAAGAUUCGGAUCGGUCACGACAACAGGGGCGUAAAUGGAGGCUGGCACCUGGACCGUGUGGAGAUUAGACGCCUACUCAGGAAAGGAAAGGGUUCAGAGACAGUGAUUUUCCCAUGUGAGCGCUGGUUGGCCCGGUCUGAGGAUGACGGGGAGACGAUAAGAGAGCUGGUUCCCUCUGACAUCAUCCAAGAGAAACUGGGCAGAGAUGGAACCCUCAAAGUCAUUGAGACAGAGGUGGAUGACGCACUGGAAACUCACACCUAUAAGGUGUCAGUAAUGACGGGUGAUGUGUAUGGCGCGGGCACUGAUGCCAAUGUGUUCCUCACCGUUUAUGGAGAUCUGGGAGACACUGGAGAACGCAAGCUCAGCAAAUCCGAAAACAACAGCAACAAAUUCGAGAGAGGAGAGGUGGAUAAGUUCACUAUUGAGGCAGUGGAUUUGGGUCAAGUGUUCAAGAUCCGCAUUCGCCAUGACAACAGCAUGCUGAGCCCCGACUGGUACCUGGAUCAGGUGGAAGUGGUUGACACGGAAACGGAAGAAGUGUUUCUUUUCCUGUGUGAACGUUGGCUCUCCAAAAAGAAAGAGGACAAGUGCAUUGACAGAGUGUUCUAUGUGAAGGGUUAUGAGGGUGAAAGACAGAGUGCACACCACUCUAAUAAGAGUGUGAGCAACCUGGAUAGUAACAUGAACAAGAAAAACAAGAAACAGGAAGAGGACGAGGAGGACGAUGGCCCAUUUAUCCCGUAUCAUAUCACGGUGGCGACGGGUGUGGAUAGGGACGCGGGAACGAGUAGCAGAGCGUAUGUUAUCAUUGUAGGACAAACGCGCACAUACACACACAGAAUGUGGCUUGACAUGGAGGGCAAAAACUACUUCCUGCCAGGGUCACUGGAGAGUUUCCUGUGUCAUGGAGCAGAUGUCGGGGAGAUAAAAAACGUGGAGUUGGGCCAUGACGGCGCCACUCCAGAGAGUUGCUGGUUGGUGGAUGAGUUCUCUGUUGCUGUGCCAACCAAAGGAGUGAUGUAUGUGUUCCCAUGUAAGUGUUGGCUGGCCAAAGACCGUGGGGAUGGACUGACCACACGUGUGUUCAGCGUGCUAGAUGCAGACACCGUCACCAUUGCACAGAAGGUUAUCUAUGAAGUUACCGUGGUAACAGGGGAUGUUCAGCAUGCUGGAACAGACACACAGAUUUUUCUCACUGUGUUUGGGGCCAAUGGGAGCACAGAAGAAAUACUGUUGGACAAAUAUGAAGACAGGUUUGAACGUGGGCAAGAGGACACCUUUAAUCUGGAGAUUGAGGACAUAGCUCCAUUGAAAAAGAUGAGAGUUCGCAUUGAUGGCUCUGGCAGCAGACCAGACUGGUUCCUGGAUAAGAUCAUUUUGCGUAACCUGCAGACAGAUGAAGAGGCUGUGUUUUCGUACGAGGAGUGGCUCUCUCGAAGCCGAGGGCCCAAACGAACGCUGGUGUGUGAAAUGGCGGCUGUGAUAGAUGAUGAGGAAAUGGUGGAAAUUACCACCUACACCAUUCAGGUCAAAACAAGCGAUGUGUCAGGAGCAGGUACAGAUGCUAAUGUGUGGUUGAUUGUGUUUGGUGAAAACGGUGACACUGGUCCACUUGCACUGAAAGAGUGUAACAACACAAACAAGUUUGAACGGAAACAGACAGAUGUCUUCCGCUUUACGGAGAUCCUCAGCCUAGGGGACCUGUCUAAAGUCCGUGUGUGGCAUGACAAUACAGGACCGGCUCCAGGGUGGCAUCUAGAGCAUGUGGAUGUCCGUGAUGAUGUGAUGGACAAAACAUUCCGUUUCCCAUGUGACCGCUGGCUAGCUAAAAAUGAAGACGAUGGACAGAUCAUUAGAGAACUGCCCUGUGCCAACAAUGAUGUUCUGGACUUCAAUGAGAAAACAAAGUAUGAAAUUAUAACAAAGACAGCGGAUACAGAUGAUGCAGAGACCAAAGAGAAUGUGUGGAUUGUUCUGGAAGGGAAGAAAGGACGUUCUAAAGAGCUUGUGUUGGAGAACUCUACCAAGAAGAAACGGUUCCUACGAGGGAGUUCAGAUAAGUUUGAGUUUUCCUCCAAGAACGUGGGUGACAUUGCUGGAAUCUGCCUGGGCCACACCCCCAAGGAUGGGAAGAAAGUCAAAGCUGAAGCAUUCUGGCAUGUGGAGGAAGUCAUUGUCAUCGAGAAAGAGUUAGGCAACAGGUUCAUAUUCCGUUGUGAUGCUGUGAUUCCUCUCUUGGCCAAACGGGAUGAAUUCCUGACCUUUGAGUGCAGUAAAUCCAUCGAGAGUUUCGCAAGUAAAGCACGGAGCCUGGUGCCCGUCAAAUACGAGAUCAUCGUCAUUACCGCCGACGAGAAAGGAGCCGGUACAGACGCCAACGUCUUCAUCACCGUUUACGGUUCGAACGGGGACUCAGGUCGACGACAGCUACGACAGAAGUUUCGAAACUUAUUUGAGCGCGGUCAGACGGACCGGUUUGUUCUGGAGCUACUGGACAUGGGCGAUCUGCUGCGGGUGUGUGUGGAGCAUGAUAACAGCGGACUGAGCCCUGGAUGGCUGCUAGAUCGUGUGGAGGUCACCAACACUGCAAAUGGGGUGACCACCAUCUUCCUUUGUGGGAAGUGGCUGGACAAAAAACGUGCCGACGGACAGAUAAAACGUAUCCUCUAUCCAAAAUACUAA